AUGUUGAGUAUCCACCCUCAGACAAGCAUUUCAGAGUUAAUUCUUGUAUUCUUGUUUGUAGCAGAUGGCAGUAAUACAGAGGUUGACCAAGGACUCAAAGAUAAAGUGAUUCAACAGAUUCACCAGGCCUGUAGGGAUGUUGGCUUCUUUUACCUCACUGGCCACGGGGUUGAACAGUCAACCUUGGAUAAAAUUUUCACCGUUAUGAAGAGCUUUUUUGCUCUGCCACUAGAAACCAAAAAUACCAUAAAUAUUCACAACUGUGAGUUUUAUAGAGGCUAUAUUGAAACAAGUAAGUUCCACUAUAUGCACUAACCAUUUGACGUAGUUGGACUGAUAAUGGCUGAGCAAUUUAUGCUUAGGUGAUGUUUCAAAUCUUUUGAAAUUAUUGGUAAAGUAGAACCACAUUUUAUAGACAAUGCACUGUCGGUGAUAUGCCUGUACUUUUAAUGGGACACUUUUCAAGGGAAAGGACUUCCAGCAGGGAUAAUAGUGGGUAUUGGAAGUCACAUAUCACUUUAAAGCUGGCUGGCAGAUCAAUUUUCUGAUUUAGGUUUUGUACUUUCCAUGUACUUUUGUUGGCCGACAGCCUGAAGCAAGAGACAGUAAGUCUGCGCAUUUGGUGGUAGCAGCAAGUUGCUGUAAGGUAAAAGAAUGUAAUGAAAUGGAACUGCUAAAGUGUUUCUUUGGACUGAGUUGGCUAUCUAUCAAUAUCUGACUUGGAAACGAACCUUACAGCUCCAAAAAUGUUUUUGAGUUUGACUUUUUUUUUGAGAAAGUGUGAGAAAUCAGUUGCCAACUUGUGAGGACAUGAGAUAAGUUGUGAAAUUGUGAGACAAAGUCGUGAGACUUGGCAGGCCUGAUUUUUUUUUAAAAAAUUGAAAAUUGUUAUUAAUAUCAGCACAAUAAAAAACACUGGAAAAAAUUUAAAGCACUUCUGCCUCACCUUUUGUUUUUGUAUUAUUCUUAACAAAUAAUUUGUUAAUUAUUAUAGCUUGACAAUGCCCACUUUUUUUACUAUAUCUUCAGAAAGAAUUGAUUAUCAGGUUAUCAGGAAGAAAGUGUUUUCGAGAAAGUAACCAGUAAUAUUAUUUAGUAAUUUCUCAAUGCACUACGAGUUUAAUGUAAUAUUUAAUUUAUUUUAUUUUCAUGUUCAAGGAUCAGAAAGAACUCUGAACGUUGUUGAUAUCAGGGAAGGAUUCUAUUUUAGCCCAGACAUGGAAAACAACCAGGUUCCAGAUGAGAGGGAGCUGCCUGGUUUUGCUGAUGUUAUUGUAGCAUACUCAAAGCAACUGAAUCAGUUAGGGUAAGGUUAGAAUUAUAUUGCAACUGAACAACUUACACUACAUGUACAUAAAUUGUGUUCGUGCUUUCUCAAUUCAGAGGGCCAACAAUCUCGGAGCCCGGAACAGGCUAAUGAAUAAUUAGAAUAAUUUUAAUAUAUGUAUGCAGAUAAUCAAUCUUAAAUCCCGUUCUGGAUCAACAGAUUACUGAUGAUGAGAGCUUUAGCAAUUGGGCUUCAACUCCCAGAAAACUUCUUUGAUGAAAAGUUUUCUAAACCCACAUUUGAAACACUGGCCCUCAUGCAUUACCCUCCCCACCCUGCUGAGACAGACUCCUGGGGGGUAGGACCACAUACAGAUUAUGGCAUGUGUACCUUCCUAUUGCAAGAUGAUGUUGGUGGUUUGGAAGUAGAAAUAACAGAUGGAAAAUGGAUUGAAGCAAAGCCCAUACCAGGUACAUAGAAGACACUUUUUAUUUGUCAAGGUUAAAACAUCUUGUAAGAAAAUUUUACCAAGGGGUCUUGUUCAAUUCCUCCUGAGUUUUGGACAAAAUUGCAAAAAAAAAGUCACAAAAAGGGAGAGCUGCAAAUUUUAUACCUUAUAUUAAUAUAUGAAAACAAUAUGCCAAGUUUAUGGCCUGCGAAUGAGGUGGAGAGAAGCAGAGACUGGGAAAUUAUAAGUCUGGCAGCAUUUGCAUGCCUUUUUCGGCUCUUGUUUUGCCAAGUGAAACAAGAGCUGAAAAAGGCGUCUGCUCUUGCAGGCUAGAGUUGAUAAAUUCACUGUCAUAGUCAACGUAGAUAAAAUAAAGACUUUCAACUAACUUUCAGGUACAUUUGUGGUGAACCUGGGUGAUUGCCUGCAGGCCUGGACCAAAGGACUCUACCGGGCAACAAGGCAUCGCGUAAGACGGUCUAUCGACACAGACAGAUACUCAGUUCCAUUCUUCUUUAACCCUAAGGGAGAUUGCUUAAUAGAGCCCAUUGAGACUGAUGCAACAAAAAAUCUGACUAUCAUUACCAGGGUCAAGGGUGUGGACAUGCCAUUCCGGUAUGUUGAUCUUACAAGGUCACUGUUGCAAAAGAGCCAUGAUUGGAGUAAAGAUUCUCCAAGACCUGGGACAAAGUAGUAGAACAUGGAAAACCCAACAAUUGUCUUAUAAAGAAUGCAUGUACUCUCGUUAUAUGAUUUUCCUUGAAGGGUUACAUACCUGUAUCAAUCUUGUAUCCAAAGGCUGCAGGCAUUUUGGUCAGCAUGAAGAUGCCUAUCUAACAUGUUAUUACUGUGCUGUCAGAUAGCAAAAAAAACCCACCAGGCAUUAACCCGUAAACAAUUUGCUAGACAAAGAUUCUUUUGGAUUGAUUAGCUCUGCCAAACGUAUUCAUAAGCACUGGCAAAAAUACUUCAAUUUAAACCAUAAUAAAUUUAUGCCUAAAACAAAUCAAGAUAAGCUUCCAAAGUCAAAAGAGCAGAUAAUGCAUUGAAGUUGAUGUGGAGGUUAAAAAAAUGUAUCACUACUCUUUAAAGUUCAUCAAACAGUGACGUAGAUGAUGAAGAAGUCAUUAAGACUAGUAAAACACAGAAAAAUAUCUCUUUCUCAAGGUGUCUACCUAGAAUAGAGUUAGUUAUUAAAACACAGUAUAAAGGCCAACUCUUAGUGUCGGUUUUUAAUUACUAAGGUAUUCUUUCUGAAAAAAAGGCAAUUUAAAGGAUUAAAGAAAGACAGAGACGAAUUCUGAGAAAUUGUUCACCUUAUAGAGAGUCAACUGAAUCGAGUAAAGAAAAAUUCGAGGACUUUUCACAGACUUUCAAGGACACAUUUCCCAUUUUCAAGGACUUCAUUCAGUGCAAAGAAGGGCCUUAAGUCUAUGUCUUUUUUAGUCCUUCCACAACAUGAGUAAUUUCAUCCCAAAGUUCUUUCUAUGUACACUCCUUUUACUUUGGAGUUCUACCUAAACUAUAAAAUUAGCAUUGAAAUUCAAGGACUUUCAAGGUGCAUGCAAACCAAGUGGAAAGAUUUUACAGCAGUGGCCAUUGCAGGCGCUUUUUGGCUGCAGUUCACUCACCUUAAAUUUUCUACACUGAAAUGACACCGGUUUGAAACUUCAC